AUGGCAGCAGCAGCGGCCCUGUCGGGCAUAGCAGUGCGGCUGUCGCGCUCAGCCACGACCCGCGGCUCAUAUGGCGCCUUCUGCAAGGGGCUCACGCGCACGCUGAUCACCUUCUUCGACCUGGCCUGGCGUCUGCGCAUGAAUUUCCCCUACUUCUACAUAGUGGCUUCGGUGAUUCUAAACGUCCGCCUGCAGGUACAUAUUUAG